AUGUCGUCCUCUAUCCGCGUGGUGGACAUCCACACGCACAUGUACCCUCCCUCCUACAUCCGCAUCCUCGAAUCCCGCUCCUCUAUCCCCCUGGUCCGCAAAUUCCCCCAAGCGCCAGACCCCAGACUCAUCCUCCUAGAGGCAGAGGUAGAGGCGCUUGAAGAAGCCACAAACAACGUCGAAGCCAAGCCUCCAGGUCGACCUCUCACGUCGCACUAUGCAUCUCUUGCGCAAAAGAUCCAUUUCAUGGACACUCACAAGAUUGACAUCUCUGUCAUCUCACUCGCCAAUCCAUGGUUGGACUUUUUACAUCCCGAUGAGGCGGGUGCCAUAGCAGAGUCGGUCAAUGAGGAAUUCUCGAGCAUGUGCGGUCAGCACCAGGGAAGGCUAUUCUUCUUUGGCACUCUCCCCUUGUCGGCGUCACUUGAGACGGUACUGGCCUCGAUGGAGCAUCUCAGGCAACUCAAAUACUGCCGCGGAGUCAUCCUGGGCACAUCUGGGCUUGGGAAGGGACUAGACGAUCCUGCUCUCCUGCCCGUGUUUGAGGCGUUGGCCCGAAGCAAUCUGACCAUCUUCCUUCAUCCGCACUACGGCCUCCCAAACGACGUCUGGGGUCCUCGAAGCGCCGAGUAUGGUCACGUUCUCCCUCUGGCUCUCGGCUUCCCUAUGGAAACCACUAUCGCCGUGACGAGAAUGUACCUGGCGGGCGUCUUUGACAAGGUCCCGGAUCUACGCAUGAUCCUUGCUCACAGUGGUGGAACCCUCCCCUUCCUCGCUGGAAGAAUCGAGAGCUGCAUCAUGCACGACGGCCAGCUCGUUCGCGAAGGCAAAGUGACCAAGGAUCGUCGAACAGUCUGGCAGGUCCUCAAGGAGCAGGUCUACCUUGAUGCCGUCAUCUACUCAAAAGUUGGACUCAGUGCCGCCAUCCAAGCCAGUGGAGCGGAUAGACUAAUGUUUGGUACCGACCACCCCUUCUUCCCGCCUCUGGAAAGCGAUGAGCAGGGCGAGUGGGAGAGCGUUGGCUUGAAUGCCGAGGCUGCUGCCCAGGCGGUUGGGCAGGACACGGAGGACUACAAGACCAUCAUGGGGAUGAAUGCCAUCAAGAUCUUGCGGCUCGACCAAGAGUCAUGA